GCGGCGCUACAAUAGCACGUGUGGUGGUCAUGGUCAUAGAGUGGCUCGAUUGAGUUGACGCGACUGCAGGAUGGAUAGAGAGAGAGCGUGAGCGGUUACCUUAUCCGCAGCUCCUCCUUCACUACUACCACAACCGCCUCUGCAACCUGAUCUCCCUUUAAUAAUGCACGGGGAGGUAAAGCGAAUUUCAGAGACCGGGCUCUGAAUGAUGUAUAGCGCCGGUUACUACAGCACCGUAUCGGAGAGCACGAACCUGUAGCUGUGUGAUCUGCGGAGAAAAAUGUCACACUAUCAUUUCAUCAAAUGCUGUUGUUUUCAGCUAUGUAACGUGUUCAGGCAGAACAUGGAGAUAGACCAGUGUCUGCUGGAGUCUCUGCCGUUGGGCCAGCGUCAGAGGCUGGUCAGACGCAUGCGUUGCGAGCAGCUGCGGGUCUACUACGAGCGUGAACGAACACUACAGAAACAAAGCUUCCCCAAGCCCCGGCCCACCAAUCGCAAAAAACAAAGGAUCAGCUUUACAGCUUCAGACGUCAUCCAGGAUGCCAUCAUACGACACGAUGACAAAGAGGUGCUGAGGCUGCUGAAGGAGGGAGCUGACCUGAACACAGUGAUUUCCUCAGGAGGAUCUCUGCUCCAUCUGUGUGCCCGCCAUGACAAUGUGUUCGCAGCAGAGAUUUUGAUAGAGAAGGGACUGAACGUCAACCUGCAGGAUGAGGACCUCUGGACCGCCCUGCAUGUGGCCUGCGCCUGUGAUCAUGCAGAUAUGGUGCUGCUGCUACUGCUGACUGGAGUCAACGUGCUCCUGCAGGAUGUGAACGGAAACAUUCCACUUGACUACGCCACUGAGGGGACGGAAACCAGCUACAUCCUCAUCAGACAUCUGGAGGAGAAUGGAGUGGACAUGAGCUCUAUGCACCAGAUGAAGACCCAGCGCUCAUCCACCAUGAUGUCUGACUUGAGGCAGCUGGUCAGCAGCGGGGGCAGCGUCAAUCAACAAAAUGAUGACGGGGUCACGCUGCUACACAUCGCCAGUGCCAGUGGUUAUAAGGAGGUGGUGUCAGUGCUGCUGGAGAACGGUGCAGAUGUCCAGGUGUUUGACAACAACUACUGGACACCCUUACAUCUGGCUGCAAAAUAUGGGCAGACCCACAUUGUGAACCAGCUGUUGAAGCACAAAGCAGAUCCAACUCUACUGAACUCCAACCAGGACAAGCCCUCAGACAUCGCUGCUACUGAGCAGAUUGCAGAUAUGCUGAUGAGAGGAGAGGAAUUCUGGGUACAGAGACAGACAGACCCCUCGUUCCCACCUCCACAAUCAGAAGAGCACUGCACAGAGGCCAACCAGGACAACAACCUGCCUGUAAAAAAACUAGCUACUAUGGCUCUACCCAUCUCUAGAAGGGACAGUUUGUUGGAGAAGGAGGCCAUGUUCAGGGACUCAGGAGGAGCUCUGACACAGCAGCCUUCACUUGAUAACGGGCUGGAUGGGCCGUAUCCCAGCACUGCAGGAAAACUGGAACAGGUUAAACUGAUGCCUCCUGCCCCUAACGAUGACCUUGCAUCCCUCAGCGAGCUCACGGACAGCAGCCUGCUCUACGAGAUGCAGAAGCGAUUCGCCAACGACCAGAUAUAUACCUACAUUGGACACAUUCUUCUACUCAUUAACCCUUACAAGGACCUUCCUAUCUACUCUAAUCUUGUCAGUCAGUUGUAUCUGAGCUCCAGUGGUCGUCUGUGUUCCUCUCUCCCGCCUCAUAUCUUCUCUUCAGCUGAGCGUGCUUAUCACAUGAUGCUGCAGGAGCGACGCCCACAGUGUUUCAUCAUCAGUGGAGAGAGUGGUUCUGGGAAGUCUGUGGCCUGUAAGCACAUCCUGAAACACUUGGCUGUUCGCUCAAGUCCCAAAGGCUUCGCUUUAGAGCCACGGAUGAAGCAUGUGAAUGUGAUCUUAGAAGCUUUUGGCCAUGCUAAGACUCAGAUGAACUCCUCAGCGAGCCGUUUCAUCAAGCUGAUCUCACUGCAGUACUGCGAGAAGAGGAAAACUCUGCUCCGAGGCCGUCUGUACACUUACAUGCUGGAGAAGUCGAGGGUUAUCUGCAUGCCACCGCAUCAGCAGAACUUCAACAUCUUCUACCUGAUGGCUGAGGGGCUUUCAGCAGAGGAGAAGAGUAAUCUAUAUCUAAACAACGUCUUAUCCCACAGAUGUCUCAGCACAGCGGCUCCCGGUGAAACUCCUACAGUAGCUACUGCAUGUCCUGAGAGCAGAGAGAAGCUCUCGGCCCUUAAACAGGCUCUGCGUGCGCUCGGCUUCAACAGACUGGAGGUGGAGAAUUUGUUUGUGGUCCUCUCUGCACUGCUGCAUUUGGGAGAUGUGCGCUUCACCGCCCUGACAGACGCUGACACUGCGUUUGUGUCCGACUUGCAGCUGCUAGACAGAGUGGCUGGGAUGUUGCAGGUGAGCUCUGAGGAUCUAGGCUCUGCCCUCACGUCUGAUGUCCAGUGUGUCAAAGGUGAUGUCAUAACAAGGCGCCACACAGUUGAAAUGUCCAACCAUCACAGAGACUUCCUGGCCAAAGCUCUGUACGGACGACUCUUCAGCUUCUUGGUCAAUAACAUUAACUUUUACCUCCAAGGCCAUGAAGAAAACACUGGAGAUCCUGCCCUUGAAAUAAGCAUAUUGGACAUCUUUGGCUUUGAGGAAUUCCAGCGCAAUGGUUAUGAACAGCUGUGCAUUAACAUGGUGAACGAGCGUAUCCGGCAGUACACAGCAGAGGUGCUCUUCCAGCAGGAGCAGCAGGAAUGUCUGCAGGAGGGGGUUGCCAUGGAGACGCUACGCUCCCUCGGCAACCAGACAGCGGUGCUGGACUUCUUCUUCCAGAAGCCUCAGGGUUUGCUGUGCAUCAUUGAUGAGGAGAGUCAGUCCCUCAGGCCAUGUGAAGUCAACCUUUAUAAGCGAGUGCAGAUACAGCUGGAUUCCUCCUGCACGGACGCCGUCUCCCUCACAACCAAGGAUGGCAAUGGGAACCCCCCACCCAAAGACCAGGGCCCAUCGUUUACUGUCAACCACUAUGCCGGCAAGAUGACCUACGACCUGACGGGCUCGCUGGACAAAAACAAGGAUGUUCUUCCCCAAAACAUCUUGUUUGUUAUGAAAACAAGCGAGAAUGUGCUCAUCCAUCAAAUGUUCCAGUGUAAGCUGACUCAAACGGGUUCAUUGGUUCCCCACCACCAGCGGAUGAAGCUUCGUGGGCCCAAAGGCACUUUGCUUAACAAGAGCAAUACACUAAAUCCUGCCAGAGAUGCCAAGAAAUAUGUGGAACUGAACAAGCUCCUGAAGAAGAAGGGAGCGACGUCCUUCUUGCAGAGGCUUGAGCGCUGUGGUCCAGUCACUUUGGCAGUGCAGCUCAGGAACUCUCUGUGUGAGAUUACCAGUAAACUGCAAGCAUGCACCCCCCACUUUGUUCAGUGCGUCAGGCCCAACAGUACCGGAAAGCCUGAUGUGUUUGACAGCUUCCACGUGUCCUCACAGCUCCAGUAUGUGGGGGUUCUGGAGAUGGUCCGCAUGAUCCGGUAUGGAUACCCGGUUCGACUUUCUUUCUCCAGCUUCCUGAGCAGAUACAGAGAGCUGGUGGACACUAUACUCACUGACAAGAAGAAAGCAUCCGCAGAGGAGAAGUGCCGCCACGUUCUGCAGCAUUGCAAACUCCAGGGUUGGCAGAUGGGCAACAGUAAGGUUUUCUUGAGAUACUGGCAAGCCGAUCACCUUAAUGACCGUUGCCAUCAACUGCACAGGAAGAUUAUUAUCUGUCAGAAAGUGGUGCGUGGCUGGUUGGCCAGACAGCAUGUGUGUCGCAAGCUCACUUCUCGGCAGCAGGAGCAGUGCAACGUCCACCGGUUCCUGCAGGGAGCAGAGGACUUGGGUAUGCGUGCUUAUGACAGCCUGGUCAUCCAAAACGCUGCAGAUAUCGCACGAGAAAAUGACCGCCUCCGGGGUCACGUCAGCGCUCCACCGCUGGGUGAGCGUCCAGAACCUGUGGGCAAAGAAGAAGACUCGCCGAAACGGGCUGUUGAAAAAAUUGGAAGGGUCAAUGAUGUGGCAGGCCGUGGGGGGAACCGACCACUCCGGCAUUUCCGCUCAAGUUCUGUGCCUCUCCCUCUGGUAAUGGACAGCUUGGUACACUCCAGUAUUGGAACAUCAAUCAAAGCAGCCCUUCAGCCUGCACCACACUCCACCGAAGAGGGGAAUGGAGGGAACCUCUCUUCCCCACGAAAACAACCUCCUCCCAAACCCAAACGAGACCCAAAUACACGUCUGAGUGCAUCGUAUGAAGCAGUGAGUGCAGGGCUGAGUAUUGCACCCAAAGACAGUCCUGCUGAGGGUCAAGCUUCUCCGUCUGGAAGCCCACCAAAAACCCAGCUUUCUCCUUCUGAUCCUCUCUCUAAACCACGGCCUCACAGUGAUGACUACAGCACCAUGAAGAAGAUCCCGCCCCCUAAGCCAAAACGUAGCCCUAAUACCAAACUGACGGGCUCCUACGAGGAGAUCUCUGUGCCCUCCCCAGUACGCCCCACAGACAUGAAACUUUUCAGCCUGGUACGAGGAGGCCACUGCUUGGGCCUCAUCCAGCGAGCAGCAUCUGCGGAUGGCGCCCAUUCUUCUGUACUAAGCCUCUACCCCUGCCAGGACGAGGAGGAUGUGUACAUUGAGAUGGUAGGGGCCUCACGAGCCCUCAGCCUGGCUGACUCCCACAGUCCAGAACUGAGCGAGGCAGUAUACGAGGAGAUGAAGUACUUCCCACCUGAUGAGGUGGGGUCAACUCAGGUGGUCAAGCCUGAAGCUGUCAAUCCCACCAUUACUAACCUACCUGCCCCAGUGCUGGAAGUCAAGAGGCCUGUCACCCUGAUGGAGUUCUCUGGCACACUCGGGGGAAAGCAGCUGGGCAAGGAUGGGGCAGCAUGUGACAUUCCAGCUCCUUUCCCCAACCUCCUUCCACACCGUCCCCCACUUCUUGUCUUCCCUCCGUCCCCUGUCACCUGCUCACCUGCCUCGGAUGAGUCCCCCCUUACCCCUCUUGAGGUGAAGAAGCUGCCGGUGUUCGAGACCAAUCUUAACUACACCAGCCAGGAUGGGGGCAGCCCGCUCUCACCCCAGUACAUCCGGCAAAGGGCUGAUUCUUCACCAAGUCUUUCUGUCUUAAUGCCAGACAAAUCCACGCCACCCUUGACUCCACCUCCCCCUCCUCCCCCUCCGGCAGUACUUCCACCUCCCUACCGUCCUCCUUCUCACUUCCCUUUCCCCCCUGAGACAAACUUCUUGUCCCUGACCCGUGCAGCUUCUCUGGCUAGCACAGAUUCCCCAAAAGUUUCCCAUAAAAUGGUGCACAGUCUGGCAGAGACGCCCCCAAGCAGUUCCAAGCCUCCGUUCUCCCCAGUGAAGACCUCACGGCCAGAGCCCCGCAGAGCUCACUCCUGCUCUUCCUCGCCUCUGCUCUUCAACCCUGCUAAUGGGAGAGCCCUCACUAGCCCCCUAGAUGAGCUUAACACCCUUUUCAGUUCAGGGCGCAACCUACUCCGCAAGUCCACCACAGGAAGAAAGAUCAGAGACAGCGGACUCUCAAAUUCCAACAUUAACCUGCCAGGUCGAGAGGAUCAAGGCCCAAUCUCUCCGUCGUCACAGUUACAGGAUAAAAACGCCAACAACCACACCUCUCCCAACUCUUCAAACCCGCCCCCCAUCGAGAACGGCAACCAGAUCUCCAAUGGUAAUGGCACAAGAGGAACCCUGGAAGACGAAGGGCAUCCAAAGUCAAAUGCAUCCAGCGCCUCGGCGUUACACAGGCACAUGGACAGCCACCACACUCAGGUGCUCCAGAGGUCACGUGCAUGUGGAGAUCAGCGGGCCACUCUGCAGGAAUUAAUGCGCUGGCGGAGGAGUGUUUGUGACGGUCGACCGGACUGGCAGAACGCUUGGCUUCACACAAACACUUCACCCACCCUAACGGUGAAGACCAAGAGUCCCAGAAAGAAAACAUCACCCUAGAGAUCACCCUGUGGUCUUCUUGGGUUAAACCUCAGUUAAACCCCAGUCCGUAGGCCUGAUGGCCAUAGGGGUGACAUCCUCUAAACAGAGCCAGACUCUGAACUUCAGAGAAGAGGGCAUCCCAAUUUGUUCUUGUUCCUCUCUUCACUUCUUUUGAAAGAAUCAAAGGUUCCUUGGACAAUUUUCUCCACACGUCUCUCAAACUAAUGACCAAUUGGGACCAAAUAACAUGCAGCCCCCAAAGACUACCAAUCUCUAUCCUGAAGAAACAAAGGGGACAUGGCUAUUAUGAAUCCCAUUUGCAGUGUCCUGAACUUCUCUCUGUCUGAAAGAUCAUCGCUUUGAUUGGAACUCAUCGACGCCAUAAUAGGCUGUGCAAACAAAUCUCAACUGUGCUACUGCGUGCUAUAGUCUACAUUGUGAGCCAUAUUUUAGUUUUAAACCCUGGUGCUGGUCGCUCCAUAUGUGGUUGUUGUUGCCUGGGUUGGGUAAAAAGUGCCAGUUCUGUUCCAACUCAAGCACUCGAUGCACAUGGACGCGACAGACCUUAAAGUUUACAAGACAAAAACUUUGUGUUGACCUCAUAGGCCUAGCUUUGUGAACAAAGUCCUCCUUCAGGUUCAGAAAAGCAACUACACCUCAUGCUUUUUCAGGUGCUUUGAUUACCCUCCAUCAGCGUUGGCAACCAUCACACACAGGUUGAGACCUUGUGAGGUCCUGGUUCAGGGAAAUGAUCAGUAACAAUUCCACAACAUGUCCAGCUUCUGGACUACAUUCAUCGUUCACUGUAUGCUAAUGUGCGCAAAAGAGAUUUCACAAGACAUAUAGUUGAUGAACCUUGGAGGCUCGAUUUAUAUCGAAUGGUUAAAGAGCACAAAUACACCUUUAGAUGAAACAAUCAUUACUGGUGGAUGAAUAUUACUGCCGAUUUGACUCAGACAACUCCCACAACAAGAUUUUGGACUUUUCCUCAAAGGUGCUUAUGUACGAAUGCUGGGUUGUAUGUAUCUGUACAAACAGCGCAUGAUCUUUGGUCCCCUCAAAGCUUCGGAAUAUUCUCUUGUAGUUCUUAGUGUGUGAAGGUAAACAGGUCUCAAGGCAUUUCAUUUAUCCAUAUAGUGUGCACGUACAGAUUUAUUACCUGAAAGAACAUGGGUAAAUAUUUUUGGACUUUUAACACUGGGUUCACACCAGGAGCCCCACCAUAAGCACAGCCAUGUACCUGACGUACACAGGUAUACGCUUUUCCGAGAAUGAGUAGAGCUUGACCUUCUGGUUCUGUUUGUCGUCACUAUGACUGAAUAGAUGGGUUAUGUACAGAUUGCAAAUGUUUUAUGAGUAUAUUGGCAAAUGAUUGUCUUUAUAAUGGAAAGUUAUUCCCAAAUGUUUAAGGGUGCAAUGACAGAAGGACUAAGGUGAUGGGUUUUAUAGUGUGAAUAUCAUUUUAGUACAGAAUGAUUGUUUAUUCAUGGUAAACUCUUUAGCCGUUCUCCAUCCACAUAGGACUGCGGUUAGUCUUUGAAAUGUAUAAAGAUAUUUAAUUUAUUGUACAGAACUUUUGUGUUUGUGCAAGUAUGUUUGAGUUGCAAUUUGCCGCUGUUUCGUUUAAGGUUCAUUAAGAGCGUCCCUUCAUGUCUGUUUACGUCCUGACUUGCUGAAAAAAAAGGUUCCCCAAAUGUUACACCUUAUUUCAACUCCUGACACAAUGAUUUAUGUUAAGUUCUUUCAAUAUUUAAAUGUCAAUCUUAAUAUUUAACAUACACUAAACCUGAGAAAACAGUGACUUAAUAUGUAUGGUCUACAUAACCAGUGUUGUUUAAUGAUUGUAUUGAACCAGUAGGCUACAUUAUUUUCAAUGUAAAACAUGAUCUAAAACUCACUCAAAAUAAUAAUGUAGAGGUGAUUUUUAAGACCCAGUCAUACUUUCUGGCUCGUUACAAACCGUUCUGAGAGCUUAUGUUUCGCUUAUCUUCUAACUCUUAUUUACCCAACUAAUGUGAAUACUCCCUUCCCCAUUCCAUUGGACGGUGGUUUAAGCAUCUUUCACUGCUGUGCAGUACUGCAGAUCAGAGACGCAUAUUAAAAUCACUGUGCAGGCCGGUGCUGAUGGAGACCGGAAAUCACUUCAUGGCUUUGCUCCACAGUUUUGGAAUGGCUGCUUUGCAUCGCUACUGCUUAACAGGGUUACGACACUAUUAUUUGAAACAUUAAUUUAUUGAAAAAAAAUGCUAUUUUAUGAAAUCUAGUAUUGACAUGCCAUCAAUACUACAAAAGCAAAAAGAAUGAAAAUAACUGUACAGUAUGAGCCCAUUUUUCUACUUUGUUGUUAAAAAGGGAACGUAUGUUAAAGCAUGAGAUCUCUCUUACUUACACACCCCAUCUGUCUGUUUUUCUGUACUUAGUCUGAUACAGUGUAGAGAUAUAGACUUCAUUGGAUCAUGCCCUUUGUCUUAACUGGUGCUGUGAAACCAUCCAGACAUGCUGUUAUGAACUUCUCACCGUCCAGCCCAACACGGCCUCGUUAUAAUGGACUUUUUGAUUUGAUAGCAAAAUAAUGGCCAGUAAUGGUUUAGUUAAGCUCAAUAUGUGGUGAAUAUCUCCCAGUGUUGUAGUCGAGACCAGCUCAUUCAAGUCCAAGUCAUGACCAUGACCAGAAUAGGGUUGAGUUUAAGACCAUGUUUUCUUGCUAAUCUUGUCUCGAUCUUGACUGUUUUCUGGUCUUGACUCAGACUGGAUGGUAUGGGUGGUGAUGGCGCAGUGGAUAAGACACAUGCCUUUGGUGUGAGAGACC